AUGGCUUCAAUAUUAAUACCAGAACUUCCAGCUCCUGGUUUCUCUUUCGAGAAUUGUCAACGAAAUUCCUUCCUCGCUCAGAAAGGAUUCCCAGCUCCGAAGGCAACAAAAACUGGUACUACUAUCGUGGGAAUCAUUUAUGCUGAUGGGGUAAUUCUCGGCGCGGACACGAGAGCUACAGAAAAUACUGUGGUUUCUGAUAAAAACUGUCAAAAGAUUCAUUACCUAGCUGCUAAUAUGUAUUGUUGUGGUGCCGGUACGGCUGCUGAUACUGAAAUGACAACACAAACAGUUGCAUCUCAGCUAGAGCUGCAACGGCUCCAUACUGGUCGAACUGUACCAGUAGAAACUGCAUCAACUCUAUUGAAACGUAUGCUGUUUCGUUAUCAAGGGUACAUAGGGGCAGCACUUGUGCUUGGUGGUGUAGACCGUACAGGUCCACACAUAUACUGCAUAUAUCCUCAUGGAUCGGUGGAUAAACUACCUUAUGCUACUAUGGGUUCUGGCUCAUUGGCUGCAAUGGCAGUGUUUGAAUCUGGAUGGAAACCUAAUUUAUCUGAAGAGGAAGGCAAAAAGCUUGUGAGGGAUGCAAUAGCUGCUGGCAUUUUUAAUGACUUAGGCUCAGGUUCAAAUGUGGAUUUGUGUGUUAUUCGUAAUUCUGGUCCAGCUCAAUAUCUUAGAACAUAUGAAGAAGCUAAUAUCAAGGGCAAGAAACAGGGUUCCUAUAGAUACCCAUUAGGGACUACUGCUGUGCUGAAACAGAGAGUAAUUCCUCUAGAUGUUGAAUCUGUUUCUAUUCAUCCAGUGCAGCCUAUGGAAGUGGAGACACAU